AUGACAUCUGGUUAAACUGGGUAUUUAUAAACUCUUUAAUAUCCAUAAGCUGCUAAAUCAUGUCCGACACCUUAAAUUUAGAUCUAAAAAAUAGGAGAAUUUUACUAUUACAUAUGUUUUGAUCAAAGUAAUAAAUAUUUUGGUUAAAGUUAAAGUUUUUAAGAUUUAUUUACUACUCCCACUAUUAUUUUCGGCGAUUAUCUUAGUAAUGAAAACACUCAUAUUGUUUAUGAUAGCAAUAUAUAUAUGAAUGGAACUUUUUAUGUCAUAGAAAUUUCAUUUAGUCCAUCUACAAACAUAGUAUUAGUCAAUAUGGAAUAUAACUUAUAUCUGAUAGAAGAUUACCUUACUAAAGUGCAAACUGCUGAUUAAAGUUUUCAAGAUAUUAGUUCUGUAAAACUAAAUAAUCCUAGUCACAUUGAUAAUAUUCUUAUUUCUGAUGCAAUAAAUUUUCAAAAUAUCACAAUAAUUAUAGCAUAUGAUUACUUAAUAACUGCUUUUAGAUAUUUUAAUGUGUAAAAUUUAACAGAAUUAUAAUCAACAGGAGAGACUUUGCCUUUUAUUGAUUACAAAACCUUUUUGUAGCAUGAGAACAUCAUUUUUAUUGGCACUUCAUAAUACACUUUAACAUAUAUCUCUUCAUUAAACAAAGUUAAUAUAACUAAAAGUUCGAAUGCAUUAUAAAACUCAUUCACGCUACCUUACUUCCAUAUUAUUUACUAUGCUUUUUCAUAUUCCUUCACUUAUUAGGUUUUCUAAGGAUCUACUCAAAAAUUAGUAAAUAUUUAAUAACUCCUUAAUCAUACAUGCCCACCUUAAUUUGUUCCAGAUAAUUCAAACACUAACUGCGUUUGUAGGCCUAACAGUACAUCAUAAAACUAAAGUUGCCCAUGCAAUCCAGGUUACAUAGAUGUAAAUGGUGAUUGUUAAUAAUGUCCAUCAAAUUGCAAUGUAUGUACAAGCUAAGCAAUUUGUUCUCAGUGUUCUUAAAGUUAUUAUUUGACUGUAUAAUAAACUUGUGUUUCUGGUUGUCCAUAGACAUUUAUACCAGAUUCUACUUCAAAAAGAUGUAUUUGUGGCGCAAAUAGGAAACUUCAAAACUAAAGUUGCCCAUGCAAUACAGGUUACAUAGAUGUAAAUGGUGAUUGUUAAUAAUGUCUAUCAAAUUGCGAUGUAUGUACAAGUUAAGCAGUUUGUUCUCAGUGUUCUUAAAGUUAUUAUUUGACUGUAUAAUAAACUUGUGUUUCUGGUUGUCCAUAGACAUUUAUACCUGAUUCUACUUCAAAAAGAUGUAUUUGUGGCGCAAAUAGGACACUACAAAACUAAAGUUGCCCAUGCAAUACAGGUUACAUAGAUGUAAAUGGCGAUUGUUAAUAGUGUCUAUCAAAUUGCGAUGUAUGUACAAGCUAAGCAGUUUGUUCUCAGUGUUCUUAAAGUUAUUAUUUAACUGUAUAAUAAACUUGUGUUUCUGGUUGUCCAUAAACAUUUAUACCUGAUUCUACUUCAAAAAGAUGUAUUUGUGGCGCAAAUAGGACACUUCAAAACUAAAGUUGCCCAUGCAAUACAGGUUACAUAGAUGUAAAUGGCGAUUGUUAAUAAUGUCUAUCAAAUUGCGAUAUAUGUACAAGCUAAGCAAUUUGUUCUCAGUGCUCUUAAAGUUAUUAUUUGACUGUAUAAUAAACUUGUGUUUCUCGUUGUCCAUAGACAUUUAUACCUGACUCUACUUAAAAAAUAUGUAUAUGUGGCGCAAAUAGGACACUACAAAACUAAAGUUGCCCAUGCAAUACAGGUUACAUAGAUGUAAAUGGCGAUUGUUAAUAAUGUCCAUCAAAUUGCGAUGUAUGUACAAGCUAAGCAGUUUGUUCUCAGUGUUCUUAAAGUUAUUAUUUAACUGUAUAAUAAACUUGUGUUUCUGGUUGUCCAUAGACAUUUAUACCUGAUUCUACUUCAAAAAGAUGUAUUUGUGGUGCAAAUAGGACACUUCAAAACUAAAGUUGCCCAUGCAAUACAGGUUACAUAGAUGUAAAUGGUGAUUGUUAGUAAUGUCUAUCAAAUUGCGAUGUAUGUACAAGUUAAGCAGUUUGUUCUCAGUGUACUUAAAGUUAUUAUUUGACUGUAUAAUAAACUUGUGUUUCUGGUUGUCCAUAGACAUUUAUACCUGAUUCUACUUCAAAAAGAUGUAUUUGUGGCGCAAAUAGGACACUUCAAAACUAAAGUUGCCCAUGCAAUACAGGUUACAUAGAUGUAAAUGGCGAUUGUUAAUAGUGUCUAUCAAAUUGCGAUGUAUGUACAAGUUAAGCAGUUUGUUCUCAGUGUUCUUAAAGUUAUUAUUUGACUGUAUAAUAAACUUGUGUUUCUGGUUGUCCAUAGACAUUUAUACCUGAUUCUACUUCAAAAAUAUGUAUUUGUGGCACAAAUAGAACACUAAAAAACUAAAGUUGCCCAUGCAAUACAGGUUACAUAGAUGUAAAUGGCGAUUGUUAAUAAUGUCCAUCAAAUUGCGAUGUAUGUACAAGCUAAGCAGUUUGUUCUCAGUGUUCUUAAAGUUAUUAUUUGAAUGUAUAAUAAACUUGUGUUUCUCGUUGUCCAUAGACAUUUAUACCUGAUUCUACUUAAAAAAUAUGUAUUUGUGGUGCAAAUAGGACACUACAAAAUUAAAGCUGUCCAUGCAAUACAGGUUACAUAGAAGAUGCACAUGGCGAUUGUUUAUAAUGUCCUUCAAAUUGCGAUGUAUGUACAAGCUAAGCAAUUUGUUCUCUGUGCUCUUAAAGUUAUUAUUUGACUGUAUAAUAAACUUGUGUUUCUAGUUGUCCAUAGACAUUUAUACCUGACUCUACUUCAAAAAUAUGUAUCUGUGGCGCAAAUAGGACACUACAAAACUAAAGUUGCCCAUGCAAUACAGGUUACAUAGAUGUAAAUGGCGAUUGUUAAUAAUGUCCAUCAAAUUGCGAUGUAUGUACAAGCUAAGCAGUUUGUUCUCAGUGUUCUUAAAGUUAUUAUUUGACUGUAUAAUAAACUUGUGUUUCUGGUUGUCCAUAGACAUUUAUACCUGAUUCUACUUCAAAAAGAUGUAUUUGUGGUGCAAAUAGGACACUUCAAAACUAAAGUUGCCCAUGCAAUACAGGUUACAUAGAUGUAAAUGGCGAUUGUUAAUAAUGUCCAUCAAAUUGCGAUGUAUGUACAAGCUAAGCAAUUUGUUCUCAGUGCUCUUAAAGUUAUUAUUUGACUGUAUAAUAAACUUGUGUUUCUGGUUGUCCAUAGACAUUUAUACCUGAUUCUACUUCAAAAAGAUGUAUUUGUGGCACAAAUAGAACACUAAAAAACUAAAGCUGUCCAUGCAAUACAGGUUACAUAGAAGAUGUACAUGGUGAUUGUUAAUAGUGUCCAUCAAACUGCGAUGUAUGUACAAGCUAAGCAAUUUGUUCUUAGUGUUCUUAAAGUUAUUAUUUGAAUUAAUAAUAAAUUUGUGUUUCUGGUUGUCCAUAGACAUUUAUACCUGAUUCUACUUCAAAAAAAUGUGUUUGUGACUUAAAUAGAACACAACAAAAAAUAAAAAAAACAGAAUUUGCUAAUAAUUUCAACAACAUUACGAUACUUGCUCACAAAAAAGUUGUACCGUUUGUUUGA